UUCAUCUCAAUACUAUGUAUGUAGAAUGUAUGUAUGAUUGAAUCCUCUUCAAAGUUCAACCACCAUCACCAUUUUACCUUUUCAAUUUUGUAAAUUUCAUCAUCAUCCACACAAAACCUGCUCUCAAUUCUUCACAAUAUCAUCAUAGAUUUGCAUAUUUGUAGACAAGACCACAAAACUCAAGAUAUAGUUGAUUAACUUUGAUUACGACACCGAUGGCUUCGGUAAGUGUGGUACCUGCAUCUGGAGUAAGAGAACCUAGAGUUGCUGCUGAAAGGUUGCCUGAUGAGAUGAAUGGCAUGAAAAUUAGGGAUGAUAGGGAAAUGGAGCCUGCAAUAGUUGAUGGAAACGGGGCAGAGACCGGACAUAUAAUCGUGACAACUAUUGGUGGUAAAAACGGCCAGCCAAAACAGACGAUUAGUUACAUGGCAGAGCGCGUUGUUGGGCACGGGUCAUUUGGGGUUGUGUUCCAGGCCAAAUGUUUAGAAACCGGAGAAUCAGUGGCCAUUAAAAAGGUUCUUCAGGACAAGAGGUAUAAAAACCGGGAGCUGCAAACAAUGCGUGUAUUGGAUCACCCGAAUGUUGUUGCUUUGAAGCAUUGUUUCUUUUCGACUACGGAAAAGGAGGAGCUUUAUCUUAACCUUGUGUUAGAGUAUGUUCCUGAGACUGUUCAUCGAAUGAUUAGACACUAUAACAAGAAUAAUCAGAGGAUGCCAAUGAUCUAUGUGAAGCUAUACAGUUACCAGAUUUUCCGAGCUUUGGCGUACAUUCAUGGUAGUAUCGGAGUGUGUCACAGGGAUAUCAAGCCUCAAAAUUUACUGGUAAACCCGCAUACGCAUCAAGUCAAGCUAUGUGAUUUCGGAAGUGCUAAAGUUUUGGUCAAAGGAGAGUCAAACAUUUCUUAUAUUUGUUCAAGAUACUAUCGAGCACCUGAACUAAUAUUCGGGGCUACCGAGUACACCACAGCAAUCGAUGUCUGGUCUGCCGGAUGUGUUUUGGCUGAAUUGCUGCUUGGACAGCCUCUUUUCCCUGGUGAGAGUGGAGUUGACCAACUAGUUGAGAUCAUAAAGGUUUUGGGCACCCCGACAAGGGAAGAGAUCAAGUGCAUGAACCGAAACUACACAGAAUACAAGUUUCCGCAGAUUAAAGCUCACCCAUGGCAUAAGAUACUUCAUAAGCGGACGCCCCCGGAAGCUGUUGAUCUUGUUUCAAGGCUCCUUCAGUACUCCCCAAAUCUUCGAAGCACUGCUUUGGAGGCAAUGGUUCAUCCAUUCUUCGAUGAGUUGCGUGAUCCUGCUAUCAGGCUGCCAAAUGGGCGGUUUGUUCCACCGCUUUUUAAUUUCAAACCUCAUGAACUUAAAGGGGUGCCUGUCGAGAUGCUUACGAAGUUGGUCCCCGAGCAUGCGAGAAAGCAGUGUGCAUUUCUUGGUUUGUAAAAGUAAGGAGAUAAGGACUUCCGUUAGCUCGUUUGUUUCUUGUAGUUGUGUGCCUAGUGCUUGGAAGAAAUGUCAACCCCAUAUGAAUACGAAUACGAAUACGCUUGCCCCUUGUAUUAUAUUCAGUGCAACACAAGCAUUCUUGUAUGCAGUGUUUUCUUGUAAUAGAAACAAGAUACCAUAGUUACUAAUUAGUGACAUCAUAAGCUAUGUAUCCUUGUGUUCACUAGUCAUAGAAACCAUAUAAUUUCAGUUUUGAUGUUGUAUAAAGAAUCCAGCCACAUGCAUUGUAAUAUUAUAUAUGGUUGUAUUUGAAGUUAAUUAUGGUUUA